AUGAUUAGUGCCUUCUUCAUCUAUAAUCAGAAGGGCGAGGUCCUUAUAUCACGUUUAUACAGACAUGACUUGAGACGUUCAGUUGCAGAUAUUUUUCGUAUCCAAGUGAUAUCCAACACAGACGUGCGCUCACCUAUUGUUACCUUGGGCUCAACCUCAUUCUUCCAUGUUCGACACGAGAACCUCUACAUUGUUGCAGUUACAAAAUGGAAUGCUAACGCUGCUUUAAUUUUCGAGUUUUGCUAUCGAGUUGUGAAUAUUGGAAGAAGCUACUUUGGAAAGUUUGAUGAAGAGGCUGUCAAGAACAACUUUGUGUUGAUUUACGAACUAUUGGAUGAAAUUCUCGAUUUUGGCUAUCCUCAGAACAGCGAGACAGACACACUCAAAAUGUACAUUACAACAGAAGGCGUGAAAUCCGAGAGAGCAGCAGAGGAUUCCAGCAGAAUUACCAUCCAGGCAACGGGCGCAAUUUCCUGGAGAAGAAAUGACAUCAAAUACAGAAAGAACGAAGCCUUCAUCGAUGUCAUUGAGAGCGUCAAUCUGUUGAUGAGUAAUACAGGUACUAUCCUCAGGGCAGAUGUAGCAGGUCAAAUUCUGAUGAGAGCAUAUCUAUCUGGUACUCCCGAAUGCAAAUUUGGUUUGAAUGACAAGCUGUUACUCGACAAGGACACUGUGAAUCGCACUACAGCUCGUCGUGCCAAUGCUGUUGAAAUUGAUGAUUGCCAGUUCCAUCAAUGCGUCAAACUGGGCAAAUUUGACAAUGAUAGAAGCAUCAGUUUUGUGCCCCCCGAUGGUGAAUUCGAAUUAAUGAAAUAUCGUACAACUGAAAACGUCAAUUUGCCUUUCAAAGUGCAUCCUGUUGUUACUGAAAUCGGAAACACUCGAGUGGAAUACAAUAUCAGUGUCAAGGCAAACUUCUCGCCUAAACUAUACGCCAACAAUGUUGUAUUGAAGAUUCCCACUCCUUUGAAUUCUGCCAAGGUGGAGGUGAAAGUAGGUUCAGGAGGAAAAGCAAAAUAUGCACCAUCCGAGAACUGUAUUAUUUGGAAGAUCCCUCGUUUCCAAGGCCAAGCAGAGUUCAACUUGAGUGGAGAGGCAGAGCUGACAUCAAUGACCCAUAAGCGUGUGUGGUCAAGACCUCCUAUAUCUAUGGACUUUCAAGUGUUGAUGUUUACCUCCUCAGGUUUGCUUGUGAGAUUCUUGAAGGUGUUUGAGAAGAGUGGAUAUCAAUCUGUCAAGUGGGUGAGAUAUAUGACAAAAGCAGGAUCUUAUCAAAUUAGGUUUUAG